CACACGUGUUAUACGCUCGCGAGGAUGGGAAUGGGGAAGUUUCCCUAAAUCGAGCGAAAGUGACGUGAAAGGGCGCCAUGUGGAACGGGGGUGGAAAAAAUAUAUUUCAAAAGCGCCAUAAAGGUGCACCAUAAACUACAAUUUCAAAGACAAUUUUUUCUCGUAAAAAUAUCGUAAAAAUCCUUCCCUCGAAAGGAAAAUUCAUUUUAAUGAUAGGAAAAGCCCUAGUUUGUUUUUCUUUUUAAAGUAAUAUAUUCAUCGGCUGGUGCUAAUGUGAAAGAAUUUGAAGAUGGGACUUAUUCGAGUGUUUAUCAUGAAAGAGAUGAUAAAUAUAUGGCGGGAGAAAGUAAAUUGGCUCUGUUUGAGGCUCGUUAAUCAGUUCAAUUGAAAAACGUAUUAAUAAGUCGGGGUCAUCAGCGGAGGUUAUUCGCAAUGUCCACGCCGGACACAAUGGAUACAAUUGACGAAGCUGAAAAUGCCUGGCACGAGAUGUUGGAGUGCGAAACAGGAACGCUCUUGGGUCGUGUCGCCGACCUGGAGAAGCAGUCCCUGUCUCAAAGAGACGAGAUAGUCUGUCUUCGAGCGACUUUGGCGGAUGCUCUGAGGCGAAUCGCUCAAUUGGAGGGUCGUGAGAAAAGAGAGGAUGACAGAAAUGAAAGGAGAAGCGAGAGAGGUCUCUCUUCGCCCUUGAGGAAUGGACACGCCCCAUUUAGAAGUAACCAAAAUUCAGUUCCAUUAAAAGACAUGAGACUGCGACAAGGCACCCUUUCCGGCUUAAGGACUUCUCCUUCUUCGGGAUCAGCUCAGGAUGUCAGAGAUGCAAAUUCAAGUCCAAGGCGAACUAUUAGUUACACACCACCAUCACAACUUCCGCAGAGAAGAUCCGUCCACUAUCAAUCAACAAAUUCUCUGCAUUCUGAUAGCCCAAGCAGUAGUAGCGUAUCUCCGGUACCAUCACCCAGUCCGAGAGCAACACCACUUCCUGUUGCAAGCAGAUCUCCGACGACAAGAGCGAAUGGACCUCCGCCGCAGAGUAGCUUAAGAAGAGCAAAAAGAUGGUCUUCCACUGGAGAUUUUACGCAUUCUCCUCAAUCUCCGGGAAAUAACACCCAACUCGGUGGAUCUAGAUUGUCUGCCUCCACCAAGUCACUCUUCAACCUCUACAAGCCUCCAGCGCCAAACAGCGUGAAACACGGCACGAGAGAUAUGCAGUACAACGAGGAUGAAGGUACUGUUCGGAUGUACCUUCGAGGACGACCAAUCCUCCUUUAUGUGCCUACUCCUGCUGUGGAGACCUAUGACCCCCAUAAGGUCAGUACUCCACCUCACAGCAAACUGAAAUUAGACUGGGUUUACGGAUAUAGAGGAAGAGACUGUAGAAACAACUUGCAUCUUCUGCCAACUGGCGAGAUCGUUUAUUUUGUUGCUGGUGUGGUCGUCCUUUAUAAUAUGGAGGUCCAUAGUCAGAGGCAUUAUAUUGGACACACUGAUGAUGUCAAAUGCAUAGCCAUUCAUCCUAAUAAAUUAGUAGUGGCCACUGGUCAGGUCAGAGGCGUUGAUCGUAACUCGAUGUCUCACAUAAGGAUAUGGAACUCAGUGAGUUUAACAACCCUAGCAGUAAUCGGCAAUGGAGAAUUCGAUGGAACAAUCUGCUGUUUAUCAUUUUCGAAAGCAGAUGGAGGAAAUUAUUUAUGCGCUAUCGACGAAACCUCUGACCACAAUAUUUCUGUCUGGGAUUGGCAGAAGGGUGAUCGAGGUGUGAAGCUCACAGAGACGAAGUGUUCGGUUGAUACGGUAGUCUGUGCCGAAUGGCAUCCGCUAGAACGAAGUCAAAUUGUCUCGUGUGGAAAAGGACACGUAUCUUUCUGGUCCUUGGAUAAUGGUGGAAUGCUUUACAAAAAAAUGGGGGUUUUCGAAAGUCGAGAAAAACCCAGAUACGUCACCUGUGUGGCUUUUAAUCAGAGUGGUGAUGUCCUCACUGGCGACAGUAAUGGUAACGUCAUCGUCUGGGCAAGAGGAACGAAUACGAUAGCAAGGUUGGUGAAAAAUCUUCACGAAGGUUCAAUAUUUUCGAUAUGUGUUUUAAAAAAUGGAAGUAUCGUCACCGGGGGUGGCAAGGACGGAAGAAUUAUUCACUUUGACCAAUCUUUAAAUAUGACUGGAGAAGAGGCACAGAUCGAGGACCACUUUGGCGGAAUUCGGACAGUCAGCGAAGGCAGGGGUUCUCAACUUUUGGUGGGUACGACCAGAAAUUGUAUUUUACUUGGGGAUCUGGAAAUGGGAUUUAAUCCCACAGUGCUGGGUCAUACUGAUGAGGUAUGGGGUUUGGCUUCACACCCGACCUUACCUCAAUUCGCGACUGCAGCUCAUGAUCGUUUGCUGCAAAUGUGGGACAGCCUCAGUCACACUGUCGUAUGGAGCAAGGACAUCGGGGAACAAGCACAAAGCGUCUGUUUUUCGCCUGAUGGUAACAUAAUGGUUGUUGGUUGCACAUCCGGAAAGUGGUUGGUAAUUGAUAGCGAAACGAGGGAAUUAUACAGCCAUCAUUCGGAUGGUAAUGAGCCGCUUCAGGUCGUCCGAUUUUCUCCAGAUGGUUCUAUGCUUGCCAUUGGCUCUAGGGAUAAUCAUAUUUACAUUUACCAAGUGAAUGAGGAUGGAACAAAAUACAGUCGAGUUGGUCGUUGCAUGGGGCAUUCCAGUUUUAUAACUCAUUUGGACUGGUCAGUGGAUGGACAACAUUUGCGAAGCAAUAGUGGCGAUUACGAAGUGCUUUAUUGGAAUCCCGGUGUUUGUCGACAAAUUCCUCAGUCGUCGACAUUAAGGGAUGUUGAUUGGGCCUCGCAAACUUGCGUUAUUUCUUUCGAGACUAUUGGAAUUUGGCCAGAUGGUGCUGAUGGAACAGAUGUUAACAAUUGUUCACGUAGCGGCGAUGGCAAGUUACUUGCCACUGGUGAUGACUUCGGUAAAGUCAAACUCUUCUCUUACCCGGCUAGCCAACCGAAGUCUCUUCACCACACUUAUGGAGGUCACUCAAGUCACGUGACCAAUGUGGCCUUCCUGCAGGAUGAUACCCGUCUGGUAUCCACAGGAGGUGGUGAUACCAGCGUUUUACAGUGGGUUGUCAACUAAACUCACCAAGCCGGAAGUGACAUCGCAGGAACUUUGCGGUAUCAGCUUUUUCCCGCCAACUGACCGAUAGAUGAAAGACGGAAAAAGAGAGGCGUGAAAUCACUUUCAUCGACACCAACAGGACUUUCGGUUUUGAGCAAUGAUUCUCAACCGACCUGUCUAUAAGGUCCCGUUUUUAGUGUUCGAUUGUACAUAACAUUAUUUAUCUUCUCCUUUUUCUUACUUUCGAUUUUCCAAUCUUUACGACAAGUUUGAAUCAACUUCUUAUCAACGACAACGCCGAAGAUUAAGGAAAAAUCUCAUAGACUAAUGAACUUCAAUUGAGGGCCCGGAUGCAAUAAUGGAGGUUGCAUUUUUCUUUCGCGAAAACAAAGUCCCCUGGAGGCUUUAAAAAAAUCAAAUUUUAAUUUUCGAACGCUGUAUCUGGACUUUGUCUUCUAGUGUUUCCUUUAUAGAAGGAAUGUUCAUCAGGCCAGUGAGUUUCUGCAGCGAGUUUCUCCAGUGAGUUUUUGUUUUUAGGGCAAUAAUUUUCUUAAUGAAUACAAAUUUAACAAAAGUAAUUUUACAGAACACUAGUGAAUUUUAUUCAAUUUUUAUUGCAUUUUUCUCUUGUAUUAAAUAAAAUUAUGCCGAAGGAAAAUAGUAUUAAACAUAUUAAUCGUCUAGUGGUUUUUCGCGUAUAAAGAUUACGUUUUAUUGUCUUUGUACAAAUUAAUUACGAAUUGAAUACAAUCUUAUUUAUAGCUUACUUUUUUAAAAUUGUUAUUCCUUAAGAAUAUUAAGCAAUAUUGUUUCACAAGCAAAAACUCACCAGCGAGACUUCUGCACCGUGGCGCAUAUAGUAAACUAAAAAACUCGAGCGCUGCCAUAAAUGAAAAUUAUUAUUGCUCCUAACCGAUUCAAUAUUUUUAUCUGAAACUUUUGAAAAAACUUUAUAGUACCUUCCUCCAAAUUUUUUUUGCGAUAAAUUUUUGUUCGCUCAAAAUUCUUACGAUAAACAAAACGCUGAAAGACAUAAAAGUUUAAUUUACGCCCAGUGUCAGAAGAAAAUAUUUUACUAAAUAAAUCUUUUCAAAUUAUGACUAUUCCAUUAGUCAAAAGAUACCCGAAAGUUUAAUCCCUGAUAAUUGUAUUGAAAAAUUACAAGUAAAAGCGCUUAAAAAUUAAAAUCUGUUUUUUUUUAAAUCCUAUAGCGGACUUUGUUUUUAGAAUAAAAAUUUUUUCUGAAUGCAUCCGGACCCUCAAUUUGAACAAGAAAAUAUUACCUCUAUUGAAAUGAAAAUACUAUUUUUAGACAAGCUUUUAUGCACAGAAAUAAACGGGAAAGAUAAAUGAAGAAUUUGGGACUCAAAUGAGGAUAUUCUUUUUACGGGAAAUACAUUUUCAUUCAAGGUUUUAAAGUAAGGUUGAAACUUGAUUAAAAUUAACACUGAAAGGUACAUUCGUUUUGAAUUUAGCUAAUAGUUUAAUUCCAGUUAGAAUUUAAUGCCUUUUAAAUAUUAAACCUUGACUGGCAUUUUUUAUCUUCCCGUUGUUUUUUAGGGAAAAUUUAUCAUUCUAAUCAAACAAUGUUGCAAUGUCGACUUAAAGUAAAGACUAAAGAGCUAAAACGAUUGUAUCGAAGACAAGAGACAUCAUUUUUAUUAAUAAUGUUCUGAUUCAAGUAUUUAAUUUCGAAAGUAUUAAGUAACCAUAACAAAAAUGUGGGACGAAAAAAGAACUUAAUUUCAGGAAUUAGUUCCACAUUUUUGAUAAAUGACCCAUUUCAUAUGAAAUCGUGCAGCCUGACCCUGGCGAUAUCAAAGAACUUUUUGGGGUUGAAAUAUUUUUUUUUUUUCAAAUUAAAAAACGAGACAUGUUUUUUUUGGGCUUGUCUAGACGUCACGAAAAAUUAAGGGAGUUGGGAAAACGGGUGAAUUAAAUUUUUGGGACGAGACACUUCUUUUUUCACAAAAAUAUUUUUUUCAAAAUGUUAAAGACUACUUGUAUAUUCAGAUGAAUUGUGAACAAAUUAAAGAAAAAUUUCUUUGAAAAUUUGUUACGUUUUUCGAAAAAGAACUAAAAAGUGAAUUUGCCCAAAAAGGGCACCUUUCGUUAAAUUUUUUUCAGAUUCAUACUAAUAUGAGAGAAAAACUUAUUCUUUUAUAAUAGAAAAUACACUUUUCUAACUUGCAUUUUUUUAAAUAUUCGUAUUCUUUUGUCUGAUAAAGAAGCUAAAAUAAUAUAUAUUUACAAAAUAUAGAGUUACAACGUUGAAAAAUAUCAGAUAUUUUAGAUUUUAGAUUUCAAUUUUAAAAAUUGAUGAAAUUAUGAUUUUUGCUGUUUUGUUUAAAAUAAUUUUGCUUUUUGCUUUACUUAAUAAUAGUGGCAGUGUACACGAAGGAAAAGAAGCAGAGAAAAAGAAAAAUUAUAUAAAUACAAUUUCCUAAAAUUAUAUUACAUUCACCAAACUUGUUAUUUAAUUUUCUCAAAUUUAUCAUAAUUUAUCGAAAUUGAUCAUCGUGAUGACAUAAUUUUGCAAAAAAAUAAAUAAAAA